GGGACACCAUAAUUGGGUUCUCAGCUUCCUCUUCCCAUUAAUCAAAGCCUUUUCUUUCUUGAAGUCUGAAAAGGGUAUUCUGUGAUCAAUGGAAGCUUCUGCUACUCUUGCUCUUUCUCAAAUUCCAUGGGUUUAUCCCGCAAAACCCCACCACAGUAGAGUUUAUCCUUUUGCUUCACCAUUGAAGCGAAGGAUCUCUCAACCCACCCACAUACAAUGCCAAAAGAUGUACGUACCUGGAUAUGGAGAAGCAUCACCAGAAGCAAAGGCUGCCAAGAACCUCCACAAUUUCUUUACCUACAUUGCAGUUAAGAUUGUUUCUGCUCAACUUCAGAGCUACAAUCGUGAAGCAUACGAAGAAUUGAUGGAAUUCUUGAGUAGACACUCAUUGAAUGAUGGUGACAUGUUCUGUGCCAGCAUGAUGCGAGAAUCAUCUAGACAUAAGAGCUUAGCUCUCCGCAUACUCGAGGUGAGAUCAGCAUACUGCAAACAAGACUUUGAAUGGGACAACCUAAAGCGCGUCGCUGUUAAGAUGGUCAAUGAAUCAAACACGAGGCUGAUGAGGGAGUAUAUCUCGGAAACAAGUCCUGUAGAAACUGAAAUAUGAAUCAUGCCUUCUGUUGCCUCACCAGAUUGCACUAUAGCCCUCUAUGUACAGAGUAUUUUAUUCAUACAUGUCUGUGGAGAACUAAACUAUACGUCUCUUUGUUAAUCAUAGAGUCCUGUAGAUGUAGACAGUUAUGAUCAGACACAGAAUAAAUUACAAAUGAUUGGGCUUGAUAUUUAUUGUAAAGACCCAGUUCUGUA